UUAUUUAUAUCGAGUUUAGUAGUUAUAUUGGGGAGCGGGGAGGUAUACUAAACCUAAAAACUAUAAGUCAAGUCAAUAAUUAUUACAAUUUGUUUUUAUAAAUGCAGCAUCAACAGCAAGAGCAUCCGCUACACCAGCAACAACAGGUGCAGCAGCUACAACAAGAGCAACAGUUACAACAACAACAACAACAACAAGAACAGCAAGUAAAUCAAGAGCAAUUAAGUUACGAUGAGAUUAUACUAGAAGGUGAGCAUCCUGUCCUGUAUAAUCUAAUAAAAGAAUAGUUCUGUUGACGUGUGAUG